CGACCCGACCCGACAUGAGUGAGGCGGGUCGGGUCUCCUCGCCCGCCGCGCCGCCGGCUGUGGCUGCCGCUGCUGCUGCUUCUGCUUCUGCUGCUGCUGCUGCUGCCGCCGCGCCCGAGGAGAAGAAAGCCCAGGAAGCCGGCGCCACUGCGGGUUUGGGCAGAGGAGCCAAAGGCCAGAUUUCUACUUUUAACAGUGUUAUUUCAACUGUCAGCCAGAAAAAAGAAGGUUCUGAAAACAGAAGUUCACCUAUACAUCUUGUUUUCCCAAACAUCAAGAACGGUAAAGAAGUGGGAGACUUAUCUCCAAAUUGCCUUGAUGUUAGGCAAAAACAGCGCACCUCUAUAGAUGCAUUGUCAUCUGAAUUGAAUACCCCAGUACCUCCUGAACCUGUCCAUCCUAUCCAGCCCAAAACUAUGAAAGAUUUUCAGGAAGAUGUUGAAAAAGUUAAGUCAUCAGGAGAUUGGAAAGCAGUUCAUGAUUUUUAUCUAAAAGCAUUUGAUUCUUUUCCAGAACUAAAUGCUGCAUUUAAGAAAGAUGCCACUAUCUCAUUUAAUACCAUUGAAGACUCUGGGAUUAAUGCUAAAUUUGUGAAUGCUGUAUAUGAUGCCUUACUUAAUACUCCUCAAGACAUUCAGAAGACAGUAUUAAAGGGAAUCAUUAACAGCUUGUUACGAGAAUGGAAAGGUUCACGAACAAAAGAUGAUCUUAGAGCAUACUUUAUACUUUUACAGAAUCCUCAAUUUAAUAAUACAUCUACGUAUGUCAUCUAUGCUCAUUUACUACGGCAGAUAACUACCUUAGUGGAAGCUGACCACCAUUUCCUAAUUCACUGGUUUAAAAAAUUAUCUCAGAAGAGGUUCAAGCAAUUGGUAGAGAGAUUGCUGCAAUUUAUUUCUUUACGCCUGUUUCCUGCAAAGCCUGAAGAGUUUCCACCAUUAACAAAGUGUUCCUGGUGGAUUCCAUCAGCAUCUAAAGUGUUGGCUUUACUCAAUACGGCAAACAAUUUGGUUCAUCCUCCUCUUAUUCCUUAUACUGAUUUCUAUAAUUCUACAUUGGAUCACAUUGAUCUCAUGGAAGAAUAUCACACCUGGCAGAGCUUUGGAAAUUCUCACAGGUUUUCCUUCUGUCAGUACCCAUUCGUUAUUUCUAUAGCUGCCAAAAAAAUUAUUAUUCAGAGAGACUCAGAACAACAGAUGAUAAGCAUUGCACGGCAAAGUCUUGUGGAUAAAGUAUCUCGGAGACAGAGACCUGACAUGAAUAUGUUAUUUCUAAAUAUGAAAGUAAGACGGACACAUCUGGUUAGCGAUUCACUUGAUGAGUUAACCCGCAAAACAGCAGACUUGAAAAAGAAGUUAAAAGUUACAUUUGUAGGGGAAGCUGGUUUGGAUAUGGGUGGAUUGACUAAGGAAUGGUUUCUUCUUCUAAUUCGCCAGAUUUUUCACCCAGAUUAUGGCAUGUUUACAUAUCACAAGGAUUCACACUGCCAUUGGUUUAGCAGCUUUAAAUGUGAUAACUAUUCUGAAUUCCGAUUGGUGGGAAUUCUUAUGGGACUAGCUGUUUAUAAUAGCAUUACCUUGGAUAUUCGUUUCCCCCCCUGCUGCUACAAGAAAUUAUUGAGUCCUCCCAACGUUCCUAGUGACCAAAAUACACCAGUAGGCAUCUGCAGUGUCACCACUGAUGACUUAUGUCAAAUUAUGCCUGAGUUGGCCCAUGGAUUAAAUGAACUCCUAUCAUAUGAAGGCAAUGUUGAAGAAGAUUUCUAUUCAACAUUCCAGGUUUUCCAAGAAGAAUUUGGAAUAAUUAAAUCCUAUAAUUUAAAGCCAGGUGGUGAUAAAAUUCCAGUUACCAAUCAAAAUAGAAAAGAAUAUGUGCAGCUUUAUGUUGAUUUUCUUCUCAACAAAUCCAUCUAUAAGCAAUUCGCUGCAUUUUAUUAUGGAUUUCAUAGUGUGUGUGCUUCAAAUGCCCUAAUGCUGCUUCGUCCAGAGGAGGUUGAAAUUCUGGUGUGUGGAAGUCCGGAACUGGACAUGCACGCGCUGCAGAGAAGUACUCAGUAUGACGGUUAUGCAAAAACUGACCUGACUAUAAGGUAUUUUUGGGAUGUUGUACUUGGAUUUCCUCUUGAUCUUCAAAAGAAAUUGCUGCAUUUUACUACAGGAAGUGACAGAGUCCCUGUAGGAGGAAUGGCUGAUUUGAACUUUAAAAUCUCAAAGAAUGAAACUUCUACUAACUGGUUGCCAGUGGCCCACACCUGCUUCAAUCAACUUUGCCUUCCCCCUUACAAGAGCAAAAAGGACCUGAAACAGAAACUGAUCAUUGGAAUUUCAAAUUCAGAAGGUUUUGGACUUGAGUAACCUUGAAGACUUGAAAUAUAUUUUAUAUGUAGCAUUACUUCCUUCUUAUUGUGCCUUUAAUAUUUUCAAUGUUUCUGUCUCAAAACACCUUGAAAGCUCACCAACUUUCAAAUACUGAAUUUUUUAAAAAUCAAAUGUGAAAUAUGUUCACUGAAGGAGGCAUGACUUUCUUGAACACAGAAAUUACUUGAGUGAAGAGAAUGGCAAAGAGGCCUGGGUCCAGUCACUUUUUUAAGCAUUUAUUUAGCCUCUAGAAGUUAUUUUUCACAGGUAUUUUACUGGGAAAGCGUAGUACAGUAAAGAGUGCAUUAGUGAUACAGUAGCAACACAGAGCUACGUCAUCAUUAAUGUGAGGCAUGUAGCCCCAUUUUCAUAUAGAGGUAAAUAACAGUAUAAUUACAAAUGUAAUUUACAGGGUUUUUGAUAAUACUGGCUUGGGUUCUAUAAGAUUCUUUUCAACUGUUGCUGAAAAGCAUGUAAAUAACUAUAUAAUAGCCUGCGAAUAAUGGGAUUUUGAUAGUGUCAUUUAUUGCUAGAUAUUUAUUUUUACAAAGCAAAUUCAGGGUUUUAGAUGUGUAUACAGCUUUUACAAAUCAAUAAAGAUGAUUGUACAAGAGUGUAACUAUUUUCAAACUAAUUGGAUUCAAGGUUUUGUUCUUUUAAGUAUUGUUAGUCAGCAUGCACACUGGUAGUAAACUAGUUACUUUGUACUCUGUGAUAUUUGUACAAUGAUUUCUUCUGAAGAAUUGGAAUAUAAAAAAUAAAAAUGGAUCUAACUAAUCACUGAUAAAUUAGUGACAAGCACAAAAGAAAAUUUUAUAGACUUUGAUUUACUAGAAUUAUUUCUAAUAUUUUUGAUCACCAAUUGUACUAAAAUACUACUUUUCAGAAAAAUUGAGAUAUUUGACAAAAGUGAAUACCAUAGUAACAUUUGUGUCAAAAUUAUUUAGCAAUGUGAAAAUGAAGUUCAACAUUUUAACCAAAAUGUUCAUUUUUACUGGAUAUAGAUUGCAGUAAAUUCAAAGGGACACUUUUUUGAGUUUCCUGUAAAGUCGCAUGUGAAAAGAAAAUGCAUUUUAAGUCAGAUAGUAAAUGGUUUUCUUUUAAUUUCUAGCAAAUGAAGCAGUUUUAUUAGCAGGUUACAAAUAUUUUCAAAUCAAACGCUAUUUUAUGUUGCUAGCUUUAGAAAAAAAGUUCUGAGAAACUUGAAGAUAUAUUUGCAAUAAUAAUUAAGCCAGCUAAUUAAACCAGCAGAUGGUUCACACAUAAAAAAAUA